UAUUAAAAGCUGUGUGGUCACUGCGAUGGUCAUGCGCAUUCAAAGGGUUGACGUUUUAUUAGGUUGAUUCAUAAUAUUAAAGGCAUUAUUUUUAACAAAUAGCCGAGUUUCUUAUUUUUAUGGAGAGCAGAAUUGCCGAUCAUUAUAUUAGUCAAUAGUUUCUCGGAUUUCACCUGUAGUCAAGAUGGCUUAUGCUCUACUCUGUAUUGCAUUUUUCAGCACCUUUUUAUUAUCCUCUUCUGAUUCGUAUAAUAUAGGGAUAAUUUCUGCUGGAUUCCCCGUCUUUGAGAUAAGUGACAAUGAUAACUUCAUUAAGAGGGAGGUCAUGCAAGGAAUACCUAGUAGUAUGAAAGAUGCUAUCCAUGGGGUGAAAAUGGGUGUUGCCUCUGAUAUUUGUGAUAAUGCUAAGGAUGGUCUUGAAAUUGACUGGGAUGGCUCUCCAGUGAAUUAUACUUGUUAUCAUCCGAAGAACCGUCUACCUGUGCUAAAGAAUGUGGACUCUGUUCAAGAAUGCAAUAUACCGGAGAAAUUUUAUUCUAAACAUGUGUGCUUGAACGAAAAAAUUGAAUAUGAUGAUCUCAUACCAACUUAUGGAAAUCAUAGACCACUAUGGCCUGUUUAUGGAGAAUAUGUUUAUGCUCCACCUCAGAGAUGGAUUCAUAAUUUAGAACAUGGUGCAAUUGUGAUGCUGUAUCAUCCAUGUGCGGAGCCUCUUGAAGUGGAACGUUUACGACAGCUGGUUAAAAACUGCUUGAGACGCCAUGUUAUUACACCUUACAUGCUAUUACCAGCUGACCGGCCAUUGGCUCUAGUUGCUUGGGGUUGCAAGUUGCAAAUGAGCCAUGUGGAGGAGGAUGUAGUAAAGAAAUUUAUCAAGAAAAAUGCUCUACAUGGACCGGAAGCGACUUUGGUGAAGCAAGGACAAUAUCGAUAUAAACUUCUUGAAGUUGCCACAGCACCUAAAGGGUCUAACUUCCGAGACAUAAAAUUGUGCCCAUCUUCUUAAUUUGUUCCAAGAUGUUAAACUCUGGUUCAAAACGUGGUCAUUUCUUUUGCAACAGUUGUACUUCUUCAAGUGUAUGUGAGGUUUACUAUGCAUGAAAGCUGGGUGACAAAAGUCCAAAAUUUGCCAAUUAUAGAAGAACCCUUUACCCAGUUUUUGCUUAAGAAACAUUUCAUACUUGCAUGGAAUCCUGAAAAUGUUAUACCCCACGAAAAAUUGCUAAUCUGUUUGAAAUAAAAUUCAAAAUCCUUUUUAACCAAUGGUAUAUUUAUCAGAACAGCAUAAUUUUGAAUGAAUAUUAUAUACAUGACCUACAUUCUGCAGUAAUUGAAGAGAUUAAGUUACAAACCUCUAUUUAUGUGCCAUCAAUAUAAUUUAAGGUAGUGUAAGUUUCCAUGCAGAUUCUAAAUGUUUUUGCUCUCUAUUUUGUUGUGAAUGAUAAAUUACUGUGUGUUUUUCUUUUUUAAAUACCUCUGUGGCAGUUCUUUAGUCAAUAAUUUAGGGAAGAAAACUAAUGCAUACUUGCAUUUUGACUGCUUUAAAUUUUCUUGACAUUGGAAAUGGGCAAAACCAAUAAGAUUAAAUUUUCUAUUUCUUAAUUCAAAUUUAAUUUGUAAAUUGAUUACUAUAAAUUAAUUUUGGGAUGAGUGAUGUUUUCCCUUAUUUUAAUAUAAGUGCCAUUUUUUCUGAAAUACAGUGAAAUUUCUUCAAUUAAGCCUCCUAAUCCCAUCUAUCAAUGUUCAACUCUCCUCUAGAAACAUUUACACCUAUUCAGGAUCAAUAGAGGGAUAAUUAGAGAAUGUACGUUUGUAAUAUAUCUUAUUAAAUUAUUCUGAAUAUAAAAAUAAUUUGCAAUUACAAUUCCCAUCAAUUACAAAAUAGAAUACAUUAGGGAGAGUAAUAAAGUUAUAAAUGAGAAAAUGAGAAGGCUUUUUUUUUUUUUACUUUUCAUUGGUUAAAAAAAAAAAAAAACUGGCCCUUCUGCAACAGUCGCAAAAACACAAGAUCUUUAGAUGGGGGAAGUUAAUGUAUAAUACAUUGAUUAAAGUUAGGAACUAGAAAUAAAUGACCCGAAAGAGAGGUGGAAUUUUAGAAAGGUUUCACUGUAUAUAUGUUGAUGUUUUUGACUUGAAGUUGCAAAUGUAUUUGGCAAUUUUUUACUUGCCAUAUUCAAGAUUAUGCCAUUUUAGAGCAUUUAUUUUUAUUUAAGUUCAUGCUAAUUCUUGUCUCUCAUCUCUUCUCCUUCCAUUAUUAUAACAUUCCUGUUUAUUGCUCUUUUAAUUUAUUUUCAUUCUUUAUUAUAAUCUGUGAUAAACAUUAUAUUUCAAGUUUAAUUCAACUUUUGGAAACAUAUUAGAAAGCAUUACCUUGCAUGAGAAGAGGUAAUUGUAUUUUCAAUGCUUAAAAUGUUAUUACAAGUUAAACUUCAUUACAAGAGCAUCGUUACCAAUUUGAACAGUAAUAAAACUUGUUGUACUACACUAUUAUUAUGUUCGGAAAGCUUUAAAUAUUGUUAAAAAUUAAGAAGUCAUUUAAAGCUAAUGUUAACAACUUCUGAAGGCCAGUUAUCUUUUAAUCUGAAGUUGCAUAUGAAAAAUUAAAUCACUUAAAAAAACUACUCUGUUAAUAAUAUAAUCAAAUUUUAAGAUUUUUUUCCUUAUGUACAAUUUGAUCAAAUACAUUCAUAUAUAUUUACGCUAAUUAUUUGUUAGUUUGAUAUACAGAUUUUGAAAAUAGAUGCUUUUAUUGUUUUGAAUGACAAAUGUUUGCAAUUUGUUUGUUUUUUCUGCAAUCAUUGCAACUGGAACUUGAAAAUGAUUUCAAUCACUAAAGAGUAUAUUCGUUCUCGGAGGAAAAAAAAAAGAAAAUUUACACUGAACAUAAAUUACCUUUUGAGGAUUCAUUAAAUAAGAUUAUUAGUAUUAAAAAUGACUUGACAGAUUAGAUACUUGGAACAUUUGGUUUAAAAAACGUUUUAGUAUUUUUUUAUGUAAUAG